UCCUCCCUCCUCCCCACUUCCUCUGCCCCCGCGCUCCGCUCUCCUCCCAUCCCCGGAGCGAUCCGGAGCCCAGCGGCAGCCAGGGGCUUGCCCGGUUGGUUCACGUGGCUCUCGGGGUGGAGCAGCUGGCGAAGCGCAGGGGGUGGGUGGAGACAACAAAGCCCAGCUGUCAGCGGCCAGGGAGAGGGAAAGCUGCGGCGGCGGCCCAGGAGGAGGCAGGUGAGUUCCAAAUUGCUGCAAGGAAUACUUUUUUCCGGCAACCAGGGAAAGUGCUUGGAUGCUCAAAUUGGGGAAUGGCGGUCAAUGUGUAUUCUACCUCUAUAACCCAAGAGACUAUGAGCAGACAUGACAUCAUUGCAUGGGUUAAUGACAUAGUAGCUUUAAACUACACAAAAGUCGAACAACUUUGUUCAGGAGCAGCUUACUGCCAGUUCAUGGACAUGUUGUUCCCAGGGUGCAUUAGCUUGAAGAAAGUAAAAUUUCAGGCAAAGCUGGAGCACGAGUACAUUCACAAUUUCAAACUUCUGCAAGCAUCAUUUAAAAGAAUGAAUGUGGAUAAGGUGAUUCCAGUGGAGAAAUUGGUGAAAGGGCGCUUCCAAGACAACUUAGAUUUUAUCCAAUGGUUUAAGAAGUUCUUUGAUGCCAACUAUGACGGUAAAGAGUAUGAUCCUGUCAUGGCUCGACAAGGCCAAGAUGCUCUUCCCCCACCAGAUCCCGGUGAACAGAUCUUUAACUUACCAAAAAAGUCCCAUCAUGCAAACUCUCCCACUGCAGGUGCUGCUAAAUCCAGUCCAGUUUCUAAACCAGGGUCCACACCUUCUCGUCCAUCAUCAGCAAAAAAAGCCACACCGAGCAGCUCAGCAUCCAAAUCAGAUAAAGAUUUGGAAACACAAGUCAUACAACUCAGUGAACAGGUACAUACAUUAAAACUUGCACUCGAAGGUGUGGAGAAGGAAAGGGAUUUCUACUUUGGAAAAUUAAGGGAGAUUGAACUUCUCUGCCAAGAACAUGGGCAAGAAAAUAAUGACCUUGUCCAAAGGCUAAUGGAAGUCCUUUAUGCUUCAGAAGAACAUGAGAGCCACGCAGAUGAGCAUGAAGGUGAGGAGCAGGUUCAUGAACAGCCCCAGCAGCAGGAAGAAUACUGACCUGUCCAACGUCUUGGACAGUUUUCAUUCUGUGUGGGAACUUUCUUCUGGAGAAAGGAACAUGUGUGGCCUCAAACUCGAAACCAGUCACUCCCAGUCUGCCAUUAACAUUUAUUGUACCAUAGCGAGUGCCAGCAAACCACUGCAUUCUGUACCCAUAUUUUGCCAAGAUGCAUUUGCAGAAGUCUUCUUUCAGUGUGUCUACCUGAGAGGUCGUAGGGCUACAUCACCUACUGUACAUCACUGCAACUUCACCACUUGGCUGCUUGAGAUUUGUUCCGCUUUUUAAAAAAUAUAUAUAUUUAUUUUUUCUUUUUGUCUUAAGUAUGAUACAUUUGUAAUUUGUUCUAAAAUGUUUAUAUUGGCAUCUCUUGUGGCAAGAAGUAUUGUACCACAGAUGUGUUUGUCACUUGGUGGUGCUUUGGUAUUUUCAAGUACAUCUGCCUCGGGGCAUAAAUUUGGUCAAACAAUUGGAACAAAGGGAUACAUUAGAAGUGAUACUCAAGCUAUAAUGAGGAGGUGUGUGUUGUGGAGAGAAAAGGCUUAUGUGACCCAUAUCGUUCCUAUCCUGUAUUCACAAAACAGAAAGCAAAGCAACAGUUUCCCUAAUAAAGAUUUAAAACCCCCUGAGUGUUUUACACCAAAGCAUGUUAGAAAGCUGCACGAUAUGUUUUUAUUUCUGGAAGAUACAUGUCUACUUAACUGUUGGAAAGUCCUCUCAAUUUCCUGACUUUUCAACAGAAGCUUUCCCUGCUGCUUUCUUUUGAAGGACCUGUAUUUAUUAGAAAUUCUGUCGCUGCCUCCAGCUCAGUGCUGAUUCAGAAGACAACAAUCUCCUCUCUCUUGCAGCUGCAUCUGCAAAAUACCAUCUCUGACCUUGUGUUCUGCCUGCCACCCCUACAAAUGAGGAUCAAGUGGGUCAGCCAUUCCUCUUUCCUAUUGCUUCCUCUCCCCUUGGCCAUACACAUAUGGAAGAGGAAGACUUCCUUACUGGGGCUAGGCAUGUCCAAGGUUGAUUUGCAGCAAGCCAGCUGCAGAACCAGUCCUGAAACUCUUAAGAGAUUCUCCUUUUAAACAUGAAAUUAUUUGAAUACUGAUUGAAGGAUAUUUUCUCCAUUGGUGCUUAGGCCAGUUUUCAUGCUUAGGGAACUAGCCAGAAGUCCUGUUAGAGGUAAAGAACACAUUAGCAGGGGAUCACCUGCAAGGGACAAAAACAGUUCUGCAGGCUGACUGACCUUACUACUGGAUAGGUUGGCCCAGUGCAGAACCAGAAUUUAGAGACUUCUGUGCCAAGGGUGUUUCUUCUUAAUUAGGGUCCUUAUUAUCCUGUUCUAAAUUAUGGCAUUUUAUAGGCAGAAAUAUAGCAUAAAAUACAUUUAAAAGCAUUCCUUAUUUUUAAAAAAAUCGUAAAUUUGCACGUUUUGGAUCUAUUUCUGAAUCAGUAUUGCCUUUCUUUUACACUUGGUGUUCCUGGCUUCCAUCAUGUUAUUUCUUAAUUCUAAAUUUAUGACUUCGGUUAUUUUUUGGCAGGCACAAGGAAAAGUCUCAUCCCAGGCUACCAUCACUGAAAAGCUCAAUAAAACCUUCUGAAUGGUGUAUCUUUUUAAAUCUUUAUGGAGUUGCUUUACUGAUUAAGCUCCGGUACUAAAUUUAUACUGAAGCAGAAGGUUUUUUAAUUUAAAAAAAAAAUCUUCAAUUCUCAAAUCUUUUGCAGCAAAGUUAAUCUACUUUAGUUAAAUGUGAGCAAUCACUCCUACUGAGUUUC